GGCGGAUUCAACUGGUUCUGAAGAGGGCUUUGAUGAUUCUGCAACUCAAAGCAUGCAAACUAUAAGAGGGAAGAGAAACAAAGGCGGAACUUUAUUACACGGGAACUGGUUGAAGGAGUCAGCACUCACAUUUGAGUCACACUUUCAUCAUGGGAGAGUGGUCGUUUCUGUCGUCCUUGAUGGACAAGGUGCAGUCACACUCCACAAUCAUCGGAAAGGUGUGGAUGAGUGUCCUAUUUCUGUUUAGACUCUUUAUUCUGGCUGCCGGUUUGGACAAAGUGUGGGGAGAUGAGCAAGGUAACAUGGACUGUAACACAAAGUCUCCCGGUUGCAGGAACGCUUGCUACGACCGCUCCUUCCCACUUUCACACACACGCUUCUGGGUCCUUCAAAUCCUCUUUGUCUCAUUGCCGACACUGAUCUACCUGGGUCACGUGAUGCUUGUCAUCCGCAGGGAAAACAAAAUUAGGAGAAAACAGGAGCUGAAAACAUAUAAGAACGGGUGGGCAAAAGUACCAAAGUAUUCGGACGAGCACGGCAAAGUUGAACUCAAGGGCACCCUGCUGGCCAGCUAUAUAAUCCAGCUCUUCUUCAAAGUUAUGCUGGAGGUGGCCUUCAUCGUGGGCCAGUACUACCUCUACGGCUUCAUCCUCAUGCCACCCAAGAUCACGUUCGAGGGCUACCCAUGCAAGGGAACCGUAGAGUGCUUCAUCACCCGGCCCACAGAGAAAAGCAUCUUCAUCAUCUUCAUGCUGGUAAUGGCCUUCGUCUCGCUGAUCCUCAACAUCGUCGAACUGUUCUACCUGAUGGUCUCAAAGAUCAGCCAGAGGAAGAGAAGGAACAGCGGAUGCCCACCCUCAGAAGAGAUGCACUCUUUGAAAGAACUGACACACAGAGCCAUUACGACACCAACGUUUUGCUGAAAGUUUAGACAGCUACAUUACAGGGAAGAGCUCUGUCUUUACAUAUGAACUGUACACUUGCACUUAAUGUGAUGAAUUUGAGUAUCGCAUUGCUUUCUUAAAGGGGCAGGCACAAAUUAUCUGUUACUUUUUACUCUGCUGACUGUGAGGCCCAUUUUGUGUUUGUUUUUUUUAAUGCAAGCUGUCUGCUUUUCACUUCAGAGAUGUUAUGUGUGUAGUAUGAAUUGUGAUUUGAAAGUGAAUGUGUGAAAAUAAAUUUGAUCAUGCAUCAUUGCUCAUUGCAUUAAACAAACUUUAAA